AAAAUUCUUGACUUCUAUUCUUAACUUUCCAUUCUUCACUUCCAAUGUACCACCAGAUCAACAACAAGCCCAGCCUUUCGGCGGAAACUCCUGAAUAUCCUUCAGGGCGCCUUCUUUUAAACUCCGCAUCGUAAUUUUAUUGUACUAUUUCAAUUUUCAAUCCUGUGACUGGGCGGGCGCAAUAGGGCAUGUCAUUGCCAUCAAGCGACCUGCUAUUUGAGAACCAUCUUCGUCACGCAAGGUAUAUUUCAGAGAUCUUAGAUCGCAACAUGACUUCGUCGGCGUCGACGACAAAAUCAAUGAAGCAUCCUUUUAUGCGGCAGGUUGAGGAGCUCAAAACGCCCAAGAGUGAUAUUAAUGCCUUAAUACUCGAUUACCUGACCGUUGCCGGCUAUCCUAAUGCUGCAGCAAAAUUUUCAACUGAAGCGAAUCUGUCACCUCAACAGCCCUCGUCCAGUAUCUAUGCAAGGCAACAGAUCCAGACAUUUAUACAUAAAGGGGAGAUCGAAAGUGCUUUACAUGCUUUGAAUGAUCUUGAUCCUUCGAUACUGGAUGAAGAUGAACCACUCCACUUCGCGCUUCUUCGGCUCCAGCUAGUGGAGUUAAUCCGAAAAUCCAGACCAGGCGGGGACAUCGGCCCGGCCUUGGAAUUUGCGCAAACUCAACUGGGACCCAAGGCUCCGCGCACGCCACAAUUUUUGGAGGAUCUAGAAAAGACGAUGUCCCUUCUUGUGUUUGAUCACGACAAUCUAGAUCCUACUUUGUCGGCGCUUUUGCGCCCAGGUCUUCGACGGGAUGUUGCGGAUAAGGUUAAUAAAGCAAUCCUAGAACGUCAGAAGCAACGGAGAGAAGCUGCCAUUCGUCAUUUGGUUCAGAUGAGAGCCUGGAGUGAAGAAAUAGUCCGCAAGGAGGGCAAGAAAGAUCUUCCUUCCCGGAUUGACUUAGGCUUAGAUGGUGAUGACUCUGAUAGGUUCAGGGUAGAGAAUGGCCACGAGUCGAUGAUUAUGACGCAGUAAAUUACUGACGUUAUCCUUUUUGUGCUGUCGACUUUUCUCGAUCAAGCAAUUUCAAUGAAAGCAGCUCCUAGAUGGGGCGUGUGAAGGAAAGGCGUUUUAUAUCAGGCGUUCAUGAAGCUUUCCGGGCGUUAUGGAAUUAUGGAGCGGUAUCCGGAGUUGGAAGCUCAUCGGCUUUGAGCACACAGUACUUGUUAGGCGUUUAAGGUUCUAGGUUGAUAAUACUUGAGGGAGGUCUAUACCUAGAUACAUAAAGGGCUUUUAUGAUCACUUCAAUCGAGGCAUGAUCCACAACAGAGCAUUUAGGGAAACAGGGAAGCAUCAUGGAAAUUACGGCUGUCGUAUGGCAUUAUGGCCAGGAAUACUUGAGAUACCA